AUGGCUCCCUUGCUCCAAAAGCUUGAAAGAAAGGUGGUAGCUAGGGAUGUCGAGCGGUAUGGAUUCUCGAUCGAUACCGAGGCGGUGGAAGCAGUGGAGGAAACGGAAGUCAACGACACGCCGGAACGUCCAGCUACCACAGGUGCAGACGACCCGGCUGGCGAAACUCGAGUCGGCGACUCUGCAUCGGGUAAGCCCAAGCAGAGAAAGUUGACACACUUCCGAGCGGAUAGGCGGCUGAAUCUCGAGCUGUCAGUACGUUUCGCUGAGAUCUCGGAUACGAUGGGACCCUAUGUCCCACAUAUGGCCAACUCGCUCGGGCUGUACAUUCGGGAAGCAAGUCCAGAAGCGUUGGCCGAGAACGAAGUCCGGUUGGAACAGGUCGCCAGGUGGUGUUACGUGCACUCGUUCGAUGGAUCACACAUGCAAGGAAGGUCGCGCUCCAGCUUGCGGGAUUUCCAUAUCGCGGGCAAAUUGCAGAAAAAGGAACCUGUACUCGGCGCCAAUACGCUAGCCGGAUCAGCGGUGGGAUUGGCAAAGGAGAGGGAAAAUCUGGUUAGGCGCGCUCAAUCGGCUUAUGAGGAGCUACUGUCGAGGUGGACAAAACAGGCUAUCGCCGAACGAGCUGCAUCAUUCGAAGCGGGAGUCAAAGCAGCCGAGAAAAUCCUCCGAUCGAUUGAGGAGACUUUUUGGGAUGUCGCCCGUCAAUUGGCUAUCGUCAACGGUGUUGGGAUCAAAAGCAGUGUGACUAUCCACGUGAAGACUCGCCAACUGUUGGCUGGUUCCCUGAAAGAGAGAUUCCGCGUACCUAUGCAAGAGCUCCUUGCGCUGUGGACCCGGAUCUCAUACGAAUUCGGAACGCCAGAAGCACCACUUCGAGCUAUGUUGCCGACAGAGACCUUGAACUUGGGCCUUAUAAGACUCCUCAGGGGUGUGUACCCGGAUGAGAGCCGGAUAUGGAGCGAUGCGAUCGAUCGGUCAAAGAUCCCAGCGACGGAUGACUUUGCCCAGUCUACGGAGAAAGGAGACGAGGCGGGCGUAUCAGCAAUGCAGGCGUAUACGGAGCAACUGGUCAGCUCGGCGUACAUGCGGUCACAGGACCACCUGCGGCGUAUCGUCCGAGCUGCGGCGUCCCGCUCAGACCUAGAUUACGUUUUGGAACUAUGGAAGAUCGCUAAGGAUCGUGCCCAGAAAGACAGCUCAGCGAUGUCGCCGGACAAUCUGGAGACGUUAUGCGUUUUCUUACAGGUCCUGUUGCGUACGAAGUCUUUCGGACAGGAAGCACCAGAAGUGGGAAAGGCUCUGGAGGAGGUCUUUGCCCUGUUCCCGACUCCAACACCGCUGCCCAUCUAUCACACGAUUCUGAGCGUGUAUGGCGGGAGGUAUAACACCGCCAUGGCAAAGAAUAUCUCUGGCGGGGACACGAUGCUGGGCAAAUUGAAGUACACAUGGGAUCGAAUGAAAAAGGACGGCGUGACACGGGAUCUAGAGGCGUACAAAUUAGCGAUCGUCGGGUUGGGUGCGCAUGGCGAUUUCGACGCAGUCAGACAGUGCUGGAAAGACUUGGCCGAGGAUGAAGAGUGCCGUCGAUUGUGGAUGGAACAAUCAGGUUCUGAACAAAAGGGUCCGUUCCCGCCUAUCGAGAUGGUCAACGUGUUCAUGACCACUUUCCUGAACAGUCCCAAGGCUUCGGGGGCCGCCGAGAUUGCUGUUGGAAUGUUCGAAACGAUCUGUGAUCCCAAGACGCCUUACAAUCCCGAUAUCGUCUCGGUCAACAUCAUGCUGAAGCAUUACGUUGCCACAGACGACAUCACGGCGAUGUCUUCCCUCAUGGCAAAACUCUCCAGCAUGUGCUUGAAGCCUGAUGUUGUGACCUAUACCACCAUCGUGGACGGACUACUCAAGAGCGGUAGACGAGAGGUAGCGAGGGACACGCUGGACCUUAUGCACGCGGACGGGGUGCAACCUAGCUCCUACACCUAUGGCCUGUUGAUAGGCGAUCUCGCGAGAAGCGGUACAAGAGAGGACAUGGCUCGAGCGGACGCGCUCGUCAAACGAAUGCGACUUUCAAAGUUGACCCCAUCGACGGUCACUUAUACCGCUUUGCUCGGCGGAUACUUCCGGGCAGGCAUGGUUCCGCAAGCCCUCACGAUACUCAAACAGAUGGAAAGGGAUGGGAUCGACAUGGAUAUCGUGACCUACAAUAUGAUCCUGCGCUCCAUCGUCAACAGCAAUGUGGAUGCCCAGGUCAAGAAGGCAGUGAAGAGGGUCGGGGGAAACGUUGGUGGCAGCCCAUCUGGUUUCUGGCGAACCAUCAUCGACGCUAUGCUUGCUCGAAGAAUCACACCAAACGACGACACAUGGUUCAUCAUCCUCUCCGGCCUGCUCAGGGCGCACAGAUUCGAGGAAGGAGAUGCAGUCAUAGAGGAAAUCCGCAAGCAAGACUUUAGGCCUCGGCCUGCAUCGUCCCUUGAAAGGUGUAUAGACGACAUCCGACAGCGGAAGAUCGUCCGUCCUAGAUCCGAUAAUGUAAGGCGUACACGUAGAUGAUCAAAUACAAAUUGCAUUCGGAGAAGGAAAGGAAUCCGCUAGGACCAUUCAUUGGCUGUUGUCGUGAUCGGGAUGCCUAAUAUCGUGCCGUGCCGUGUUGCCAUAAGGCCUUGCUACCAAAAGUGCAGCGUCUUUUAUGCCAGUCCCAAGAACUUCUUCCCCAACCCCACUUGAU